AUGUCUGACUCAAAUGUCACUUUGUUUUGUGUUUUAACGCAGUUGAUUAAUCGUAUUGCUGCAGCCUGUGAAGCCAUUGAAUCGAUGGCUUUCAUACAGAGAAUUUUUUCUUUGCACCAAAUUAUUCCGGACUUGAUUGAUGCUGGACCAGCAGAGAUCGCCAGGAUUAAGUACCCAAGCGGAGCGAUAGCGCAGGUUGGAAACGUACUGACCCCAACACAGGUUAGGGAACAACCAUUGAUUGAUUGGUUGGCAGACCGAGAUUCUUACUAUACGCUCUUUAUGCUGGACCCUGAUGUACCGUCUAGAGCGCAGCCAACAUUUCGUUCAGUCUGUCAUUGGUUUGUUGGUAACAUUCCGGGCUGUAAUGUUAACAAAGGCGACACCCGCAUCGCGUUCAUCGGAUCUGGCCCUACACAAGAUACUGGACUGCAUCGGUAUGUUUUUCUGAUCUACAAGCAGAACGGCAAGAUCGAUUUUUCCGAUUCGCCCCGUACGUCGAACCGCAGCCAUAACAGUCGGUCGAACUUCCAGCAUAUGGACUAUGUGAGGAGGUAUGGAUUGGCUGAGCUGGUGGCGGGAAAUUUCUAUCAAGCACAAUUUGACAACUAUGUGCCAACUCUGCAUGCACAGCUAUUGUCUGGAACGGAAUAA